AUGUCAAAAAAGGAUUUCCGUCAAAUUUAUUUCUAUGAGUUCAAGCUCGAUCGAACUGCUGCACAAACAGCUCGUAAUAUUAACCAGGUUUGGGGUGAGGGAAGCGUGAAUGAAGCGACCGUGCAACGUUGGUUCCAACGAUUCCGACAUGGUCGACCGGCACGCGAAGAUCGAAAGCGUCGAACGUGUAUCCCUGACGUGAAUGAUCAACUGAAGAUGUUGGUUCAGAACUGUCCACGUGCAACUGUUCAGGACUUUGCAAAAUUGCUCGAGUUAAGUCCGUGCACCGUUGCGAAGCAUUUGCAGCAAAUCGGUGUGAGGAAGAAGGGUGGCGAAUGGACGUAUUGUGUAGACAAUGCCGCUGCGCUGUUAGGAGUGAAGAUUGCCAAACAAAACUGA